GCACGCAGCCAGCAACGUACGUUGCUGAUAUGGAGGAACCAAAGCACCUCCGAGGUCACUUGGAAGUGGAGGUUCAAGAGGCUUUUGAUCUCCCUAACUUGGAUAAGAACCAGGGACGUCCUGGAAACCUCAGCGACCCAUACGUGGUAGUUCGAGUCCUGGGACCCAAAAGAACGGAGAAGAAACUUGGCAGAACUCACACCAUUGACGACUGUCUCAACCCAAAGUGGUGGUAUACCUUGAAUGCUGAAAUCGACAGUGAAGUACUGGAGAUCCGUUUCGACGUAAAAGAUGAAGACACAUUCAGAGCAGAUAAAAUUGGCAGUUGCACUGUUCCUGUGAUUGCUUUUAUCAAUACUGGCGAGUAUAGAGGGUGUCUUGUUCUGCGUAACAAGAAAGGGGAGUCUGCCGGAAGACUGAAAAUUUGCGUGAGGUUUUGCGGAAACUUGAAUCGGCAAGUGGUGGCUGCCUCUAGACCGACGUGCAAGAUUCGAGGAUGCGUUCAGAGACGUCGAACCUGCAGCAUCGAAGACAAGAACAUCAUUUUUCACGGUAAAAUGAUCAUCAAUAUAGAAAGUGCCGAGGACUUGCCCAAUUUGGAUUCGACAUUCCUCAACAAAGAGAACAAAACAGAUCCAUUCGUGAGUGCGUUUCUCGUCGACGGUGAUGGUCAAGAGUGGAAAGUUGCGACUACUCACUGUAUCAAAGACGAAUUGAAUCCUGUGUGGGGUGAAACAUUUAUCGUGAAUGUAUGCCAUGAAAUUACGAGUAUUGUUUUUAAAGUAUACGAUCAAGAUUUUAUUUUCAGUGAGAAGGUGUCAUCCUUAACACUUCCCGUUUCGUUGCUUAUGAACCAAGGCUCAAUUUCUGGAAGAUUUGAGUUGAAAGGUAAUCAUCGAUAUAACGGUCGGCUCAACGUUUCGAUACGAUUUAAAAAUAUAAAUGUGAAUGAUCUUGAAGUGCCGAAUUGUAUCUAUCCUCUUAGAUCCGGGAACAAAGUAAAGUUGUAUCAGGAUGCACACUGUCCUAGUUUACCUGUGCCAGUUUUCAACGACCAGGGCUGGCCAUACAUUCCUAAUAGUGCUUGGAUUGAUAUCCAAGACACGUUAAACAAUGCCAAGAAUUUUAUUCUUAUCACGGGAUGGAGUGUCAAAACAAGCAUCGCGUUAGUGCGAGGAGAAUGUGGGGCAGGAGAGUCUUUGGGUGAAUUAUUGAAACGUAAAGCAGGGCAGGGAGUUGACGUGCGUCUUCUACUUUGGGACGAAAUAACUUCUAGCGACUCCAAUCAUGUUGGAGCAAUGUCCACGUAUGACAAUGAAACAAAAGAUUAUUUCAAAAAUUCAGCCGUGAAAGUUUCUCUAGCUCUGCGAAAUCGCAAAAAUCCGCGAGCCUCCCGGACCAAUCAAAGUUACUUGACGAUGCUCUGUUAUACUCAUCAUCAGAAAAGUAUUAUAUCUGAUAUGAGGUUGACCGAUUCGCCGAAAAAGAACCAUCGAUGCUUGGUGGCUUACGUGGGUGGCCUGGACCUUACGAUUGGCCGUUACGACACUCCGAAACACAGUAUUUUCAGCACGUUGAACGAUGAGCAUAAGCAUGACUUCUACAAUAACAUACUGAACACCAAUAUUCAGUCAGGACCUCGACAACCUUGGCAUGACAUUCAUUCUCAAAUCAUUGGGCCAGUUGUCCACGAUAUUCUUGACAAUUUCAUAGAACGAUGGCGAAAACAAGGAAUAUUCAGAGACGCUGCUCUUGAUUGCCGCGAUAUAGAUGCAAAUUUCUACUACGAAGGCGAUGACUAUUGGAACGCCCAGAUUUUCCGGUCCAUCUGUGAAGAUUCGCUCACCUUCCGAACGGCUGAUCCAGAAAAUAUCAUCACCAAGCAAGGCCGAAAAAUUGACAACAGCCUUCAUCGUGCGUACAUUCACCAAAUUCAAGCGAGCGAAAAGUUCGUGUAUCUUGAAAAUCAGUAUUUCAUUGGCAGCAGCCACAUGUGGAAAGACUGCAGGGACACACCAGUAAGAAAUCUCGUGCCUCUUGAAAUUGCGAAGAAAAUCGUUGAUAAAAUACGCAAAGGAGAAGAGUUUGUCGCAUAUAUUGUGUUUCCAAUGUUCCCGGAAGGCAAUCCUGUCGACGUCGUCACGCAAGAAAUUCUGCACUGGCAAUAUCACACAAUGGAAAUGAUGUACGGAAUGAUCGGCAACACCAUACAAGAAAUGGGACAUGACACAACGCCCCAGGAUUACUUACUGUUCUUUUGUUUGGGACUAAGAGUAGGGCCUGCAAGCGUGCCUCAAAAUCUGACGCCACCAACAGAUGAAGCAGCUGCAUUGAGCUUCAAAAACCGUCGUUCGAUGAUCUACGUGCAUUCCAAGCUUGCUAUUUUCGAUGAUAACUACAUCAUCGUAGGGUCAGCAAACAUUAACGACAGAUCUCUGGCGGGAGCAAGAGACACCGAAAUUGCCAUGGGUGCUUAUCAGCCCAAAGUGGGUCCUCGAGUCAAUAACGAUAUAGCUACUUUCAGGAAAUGCCUGUGGUCUGAACAUCUAGGUAGUCUCGCGCCACUCGAACUGGAUCCAGGCUCCAUUUUGUGCGCCCGAAAAGUUCGGAGGAUCGCUGAAGAUUCGCUCAUGAGAUACAUCGACGUGCAGAAGCCCCUUCCUCUUGCACAUCUAUUGAGCUACCCUCUCAGCAUCGACCGUCGAGGAGUCGUUACAAGCAGACCUGAUUGCGAAUUUUUCCCAGAUACUAAAGCUAUGGUUCUCGGAACCCGCUCUAAAGUUUUACCGUCAUUUCUGACAACGUAGAUUGAAAAAUUAUAAAUCGCGUGCGCUAUAAAUUUCUGGCCACCUUGCAAACAAUGGAAUUCAUUGAUUGUUACACUAAUAUACAUUUCAAUCAUUGCGAUACGCAUGUGUUAUAACUACUGACAUGAGUGAAAUUCCCCAAUAAGAAGUGAACGAGACUUUAUGGGAGAUGAUGAAGAUAAAGAACAUUAAGAUUAUUCCUUAAUGUUGAGCACCGGUUCUUCACGUAGCCGUCAUGUGGCUUCUUCAUCUCAAACAGCGACCAUGAACGAUGUGCAUAUUCGAAAAAUUACAGAAACAUUGCAACUAAAUAUGCUUUGUUCACUGGUCCCAAUAACCGUUAUGUGAAUCAAUGCACACUGUAUCAAUGC